AUGUCAAUUGUUAAAUCCUCAAAAAAUAAGGACCAACUUUUACUUGAUGGUUUUCGUUACACACGUGCCAAAGAAUCUCAAACCGUCGGGCGUUGUUGUAGAAAUAUUUGUGCAGAUCAUGUACGUUUUGAUGGUACAAUAUAUAUUAAUGUUCAAGAUCAUAUUUAUGCAUCUAAUGCUGAAGAAACAAUAGCAAUGGAAUUUAAAUUAAAGAUUGUGGCUAGUGCGACCACAUCGCAUUAUCCACCUAGACGUAUUAUUCAUGAAGCUUUACUAAAUAUACCAUUACCAAGACCAAAUUCAUUUGAUGAUAUUUAUAUUCCUGAUGAACUUCGAGUAGCUAAUAGUGGUAGUCGGUUCUUAUUGUCUGAUAAUGAAAAUAAUAGUGAUAGAAUGAUUAUAUUAUCAUCGGAUGAUGAUCUAGAUCGUCUAUCAAAUUCGGACUAUUCGCAUACAGACGGUACAUUUAAGGCACGUAUUGCUCCCCAAUUAUUUCACCAGUUGUACACCAUUCAUGGUAUUCUAUGUGGACGUUCAUUACCAUUAGUUUAUUGUAUCAUUUCUGGAAAAUCUGAAGAAAUACAUGAUGAAAUGUUCGAUGUUGUCCUGAAACAUAUAUCUCAACGUCCUAAAUCAAUAACAAUUGAAUAUGAAAAAGCUGUUCUCAACGUAAUCAAACAGAAAUUACCAAUGACAACACAUUCAGUACGACAAGGUCCAUCAGUAUAUGAAUUAAUAAAAGACUUACAAAUGGAACAGCAUGCGAACUUGAUAAUGGCUGAAUAA